GUGUAUUCCUCUGACGGGACACCUCUCUCUAUCUUUCUCUCUCUCUCCUGCACACCAACUUAGGGGUGCAAGUCUGUCCUUCUCCUGCACCUACUUCAUCUCGACAUCGGUCUUGGCUGUGACCCAUCACUACAGUCAUGGCACCCAAAAAGAACAAGACCGCUAAGAAGAACAAAGCUGAUAUCAAUGAAAUGACAAUUAUGGUAGAGGACAGUCCCACCAACAAAAUCAAUGGGCUCAACACUCUCCUGGAAUGUGGAAAUGGCUUUAGUUGUAUCUCAACGGAGGUCACCGACCCCGUCUAUGCACCAAAUCUCUUGGAGGGUCUUGGCCACAUGAGGCAAGACAGCUUUCUCUGCGAUCUGACUGUCGCAACCAAGUCCAAGUCUUUUGAAGUUCACAAGGUUGUGAUGGCUUCUUGCAGCGAGUACAUCCAAGCAAUGCUCAGGAAGGAUCCAUCCCUCAAGAAGAUCGAGCUCAGUGAAUUGUCCCCGGUUGGUCUGGCUACAGUCAUCACAUAUGCCUAUUCUGGAAAACUCACCUUGUCGCUCUACACAAUUGGUAGCACCAUCUCAGCAGCCUUGCUGUUGCAAAUCCAUACUUUGGUGAAGAUGUGCAGCGAUUUCUUAAUGCGGGAGACUAGCGUGGAAAACUGCAUGUAUGUUGUGAACAUCGCCGAUACUUACAAUCUGAAAGAGACGAAAGAAGCGGCUCAGAAGUUCAUGCGGGAGAACUUUAUUGAGUUCUCCGAAAUGGAACAGUUCCUAAAACUCACCUACGAGCAAAUCAGCGAAUUUCUCACGGACGACUCCCUUCAAUUGCCUUCUGAGCUCACGGCUUUCCAGAUCGCGAUCAAGUGGCUGGACUUCGAUGAGAAGAGGCUGAAGUACUCUCCCGAUCUCCUGUCCAACAUUCGCUUUGGAACGAUCUUACCUCAGGACCUUGUCAGUCACGUACAAAACGUUCCCAGGAUGAUGCAAGAUUCUGAGUGCCACCGUCUUUUGGUGGAUGCCAUGAAUUACCACCUGCUGCCAUUCCAGCAGAACAUCUUGCAAUCCCGAAGAACCAAGGUCCGCGGAGGCCUACGAGUUCUGCUCACGGUGGGUGGACGGCCUGCGCUUACCGAGAAAUCCCUCAGCAAGGACAUUCUCUACAGAGAUGAAGACAAUGUCUGGAACAAGCUCACGGAGAUGCCCGCGAAGAGCUUCAAUCAGUGCGUGGCUGUUUUGGAUGGGUUCCUUUACGUGGCCGGUGGAGAAGACCAGAACGAUGCAAGGAACCAAGCAAAACAUGCCGUCAGCAAUUUCAGCAGAUAUGACCCCCGAUUCAACACGUGGAUCCACCUGGCUAACAUGAUUCAGAAGCGCACUCAUUUCAGCCUCAACACCUUCAACGGCCUCCUGUUCGCUGUAGGGGGACGCAAUUCUGAGGGCUGUCAGGCGUCCGUCGAGUGCUACGUUCCCUCAUCGAACCAAUGGCAAAUGAAAGCUUCAAUGGAAGUCCCUAGAUGUUGCCAUGGCAGCACAGUUAUCGACGGCAAGAUCUUGGUUAGCGGCGGUUACAUUAACAACGCCUACUCUCGCGCCGUGUGUUCUUACGACCCGUCCACCGAUAGUUGGCAGGAUAAGAAUAGCCUGAGCAGCCCGAGAGGAUGGCAUUGCUCGGUGACCGUCGGAGAUCGCGCUUACGUUAUCGGCGGAAGCCAACUCGGCGCGCGUGGCGAACGGGUAGAUGUCUUACCGGUUGAGUGCUACAACCCUCACUCGGGCCAGUGGAGCUACGUCGCCCCCUUGCUGACGGGAGUGAGCACAGCAGGUGCUGCCACCUUGAAUAGCAAGAUUUACCUCCUGGGUGGAUGGAACGAGAUUGAGAAGAAGUAUAAAAAAUGCAUUCAGGUGUUUAACCCCAAUCUUAACGAUUGGACUGAGGAUGAUGAAUUGCCCGAGGCUACGGUCGGUAUCUCAUGUUGCGUUGUCACCAUCCCCACACGCAAAACACGAGAGUCGAGGGCCAGCUCUGUUUCAUCCGCACCGAUUAGUAUAUAAGCUGCGAGAGAGAGCAGUGGGGAAAUGUUGCGAGUUGUAAUUGAGUAUGAUUUUUUUAUUACUAUUUGUUAAAGGUCAGCCUUUCUCACAGAUGCCAAGAUUGUCAGUUCAUAGGAAUCUCGGGAAUGGUGAAUGUCAAAUCACAACAUAGCAGGGGUGUAACGAUACACAGAAGUCACGGUUCGGUACGUACCUCGGUUUUGAGAUCGCGGUUCGAUAUGAGUUUGGUACGUUU